AUGCAAUCGGAAGUCGCAAAUGUUUGCCAAAUUGGCCCAAAUCUGCCAAAUUUGGCAGAUUUGAAAAAUUUUCUGCGUGAGGAGAAGCCGCUUUACUUCCACGUUUUGGAAGAAUAUUUACGAAAUGCGGCACAUUUGAUUAACAACCUAACAGCGAGAUUGGAGAGAAGUGAGCAUCAGGCUCAUGAAAAUGAAGGGAUCGAGGUCCCAAGUGUGGACUUGAUUCGCCGCCCAAGUCCUCCGCCAACUUGGGAGCAGUUGGAAUUAUUGCGUGAGCCCCUAGAGCACGAGCGCGAAAUGGAGCGCCAACGUGAGGUUGAAGAGUGGCUCGUGUUCCAGCCCCUCGAAGAAGAACAACAUGAACACCAGGAAGUGGUAGAACCAGUACCGGCACUGGUUCACGAUGAAGAGGAGGAGGGGGAAAUGGCGGAGUGGCGGCAAGUGUCACAUGAGCACAAUGAGGGAAGUGCCGAUGUGAUACCGAGGGCGUCCGCGAAUGUCCCAGAACGCAUGGAAGUGGAGACAGUUCGCGAAAUCGUACUGCGUUCUCGGACCAUACGAAUUCCAAUAGUAACGCAAGAAGGACAUGAGACAAUACCAGCAGUUCCAGAAGCCUUCCAUGCGCCGGUGGUGGAAGGUUUACCGGCACAAUACCAACAGCUGCUGGUUGUGCCACCGAUUGACCCGUACACAGUAAAUAGGAAUGCUGACGGGUCUAUGAUAAUUAAAUGUGGCAUGUGUCCUAAAGAAUUUAGGACCCUAAAGGGAUGGCGAAUUCAUGCCGCCAAACUGCAUCGGCAGAAUGGCUUUUGCCAAAAAUGCGGCCAUUACGUCAACAUGCUGCAUGUCCGCUCCGAUGAAGAAAUCGCAGCUACAAUGGAGCUCCAUUCUUUGGAAUGGUGCCCCAAGGCCACGAAGGCCGUAAUGAGAGAAAGAGCUGCAAAGCGGAGAAGGCUCGAAUUGGUGGGUAGAAACGAUGAAGCGGAGCGCUAUUAUGUUGCUGGUAGAUGA